CUUGACUUUAACACCAAUAAUAUGCAGGAUCUACUCGUCGCAGGAACUGACACAUCUUCAUCAACGGUAGAAUGGGCCAUGACAGAAUUAAUACGCAACCCUCAUAAAAUGACCAAACUCAGAAACGAGAUCAAGAGUUUCAUGUCUGAAAAUGGGAAGGAGCAAGUUCAAGAAUCAGACAUCCCACUUCUGCCAUAUCUGCAAGCAGUGGUGAAAGAAACAUUCAGGCUGCACCCCGCAGCCCCUUUCCUAAUACCCCGCAAAGCCAAUUCCGAUGUGGAAAUAAAUGGCUACAUCGUACCAACAAAUGCUCAGAUUUUGAUCAAUGUGUGGGCGAGUGGCAGAGAUUCAAGAAUCUGGAAGAAUCCAAAUGAGUUCUUGCCUGAGAGAUUCUUAAACGAGAAUGAGGGCGUAGAUUUUAAGGGCAGAGAUUUUGAGUUGAUUCCGUUUAGCGCGGGGAGAAGAAUCUGCCCCGGAUUGCCAUUGGCGGAUCGGAUGGUACAUCAGAUGUUAGCGACAUUUGUUGGAAAUUACAAGUGGAGAUUGGAAUAUAUGAAGCCAGAAGAAAUGGAGAUGAAUGAGAAUUUUGGAAUUAGUCUUCAAAAGGCAAUACCUCUCAAAGCAAUUCCCACCAAGUUGUGAGUCGACAAAUAUAGAUUAUAUAUGUACGAAUAUGUAUAAAUUUGUCCCCUAUGUGAUACUAGAAAACUAGGUCUAUGUUA